AUGAGCCUCGCCCAAAGUCUUCUCCCAGCGCCUACCGAGUCGCCCCGGAGCCGAAAACGUACAGGCCCAAGAUCGCCCGCUCAGGAGCCAGCGCACGUGCAAGGCAGUCACAUGGGCAGGCGCGUCCUCACGCCGAAGUCGCCUGGAAUGCGUACUGCGAGCUUGGGAGCCAGAAGGAAUCCUGCCUUUCAUUCUACGAUCCAGCUAUUGCAGCCUCAACCGAGCGCAAGCGGUCGCACCUACACCGCAGAACCUGGACAAUAUCAAGGCUCAGAGAUCCCAGCUCUGCCUCCAUUGUCGAUUGCGACGGCUUCCCACUUGUCCAACCUGGCACCAGCCGAGCCCGGCCAGCCCCGAUCGGCGCACGUCCCGGAGAGUCCUGCUCGUGGGUUCGAGCGCAUUGUUACGCCUCAAACCGAGCGCUCUUCGACGUCUCAAACAUCGUAUGGCAAGCUCGACCAACCUUCUCCAAGCUAUCGCUACAGAGCGGUUCAGCAGCCACCGUCUCAGGCACCGCAACCGUUCAGAGUGAUGCCAGCAGGUGGCGCGACGGGUUACGGCCAGGAGACCCAAGGUCAUGGACCACACGAAGGUUAUCAACAAGGCCCAGCUUCGUACCAAAUGACGCUCGACACCGACCAAGGACCCAUGAACAUCCCCGUCGAGCUGGACCUGCAGCAGGCAUCCAAGGUGGCGGACGAGAAGAGAAAGCGCAAUGCCGGGGCCUCUGCCCGGUUUCGUGCACGGAGGAAGGAGAAGGAGAAGGAAGCUUCACAGACCAUUACCGGGUUGCAGCAGGAACUGAGGGAACUGAUAGAAGAACGAGACCAUUAUCUGUCGGAACGGAAUUAUUUUCGCGAUCUGGCAGCCAGACACGGCGCGCAGAUGUUACAGCGCCCACAGUCCCCCCAGCACCGAAGACUACCGACGACUGCAGCACUCGGCGGACCACCCUCAGGAGGCACGUUGGACGACCCCUCAGUAUCGGACGACUCGUAUCGAGAGCGAACCGAGCCGGGACCUUCGCAACGUCGACGAACAGGCGACUACCAGCCGACCUUCACCGGCCGGCAGGCUCAUUCACCACCCCCACCGACCUAUGGUGGUGUGGCGUUUCCCCCUCAGCCUCCUCCUCCUCCUCUGUCACUCCCUCCUCCCCCUUCUGGCCAGAGCGCCUAUGGCACGCCAAGGACUUUGCCACCAGGGGGACCGCCGCCGGGAGGCAACGUCACGCGCUCACAAUCUUACGACGCCUUUCGGAGAGAUCCCUUUGACAGGACCUGGAGUUCCGGCCGGUGA